AUGGUUCAACUAACAAUGGAUCUAAUUGUUAAAAAUGCCAGUCACAAGAAUCGUAGUGAAGAGGACCUUGGACAAUAUCUGCAAAAAAUAACUCAUAUGUAUUUAUCAGAUAAAAAUAUAGAUUCAAUUGGUGACCUCGCUUUCUGUAAAAAUCUGCGAUUCCUGUAUUUAUAUGACAACCAAAUCAACCAAAUCCAGAACUUGGACUUUGCUUCAAAUAUAACACACCUUUAUCUUCAGAACAAUCAUAUUUCAAGUAUAGAAAAUCUCUCACCACUGAAAAAACUUGAAAAACUGUAUUUAGGAGACAACUAUAUCACUGUAGUAGAGGGUUUGGAUAAAGUAGGAGGACUAAGGGAGCUACAUAUUGAAAAUCAACAUCUCCCUCCUGGUGAAAAGCUUCUCUUUGAUCCAGUAUCCCUUAACUCCCUGGCAAAAUCUUUGUCUGUAUUGAAUAUCAGCAAUAACAACAUUGAUGAAUUAGAAGAACUAGCAAUUUUGGAAAACCUUUCUUAUCUUAAAGCAGUCGACAAUCAACUUAAACAUAUUAAGGAUUUGGAGGUUGUAUUGAAAAAAUGGACAAAGCUACGCAGAAUAGAUCUUACAGGAAACCCCAUCUGCCAAACACCAAAGUACAAGGAUAGGAUUAUAGUACAGUCACUGACUUUAGAAUACCUUGAUGGGAAAGAAAUUCAAGAAAUGGAAAGACGUUUCUUGAUAAAUUGGAAAGCCGCCAGAGAUGCCAGGGAAAAAAGCAAUGAAAGAAUGACAGAUGAACAUGCAGCCAAUGUACAAUUUCCUGACUCUGAAACACCUCAUCUCACUCUUCCUUAUAACCCCAGUGACUCUGUGAAAGAAAAAGCAGAUUAUUUAGAUUUGGCUCACAAGCAGAAAGUUGAAAGAAAACCUCCACCAAGAAUCUGUGAAAGAAAAAGUCAGAUGAAAACUCAGGUUGAGGAGGAAUCUGAAGUAACAGCAGAAGUAGUUUGAAUUCUAAAAGCCAGAAGUUACUGGAUGUGAAGAUUUGGC